AUGAUAACGGCCGAUACGACGGUGCUAUUCGCCGUUUUGAUGACUGCGGUAUAUGCAGUGCAAUCGGAGUACAUAGAGUACAACACCACACACAGAAUCGUCCCCAACAAAAUCAAUGUUCACUUGGUUCCUCACUCCCACGAUGAUGUUGGUUGGCUUAAAACCGUCGAUCAGUACUACGUCGGAUCCAACAACUCCAUUCGUGGUGCAUGUGUGCAGAACGUGCUUGAUUCUGUGAUGUCCUCACUUUUGGAGGAUCAAAAUCGCAAGUUUAUAUAUGUUGAAAUGGCAUUUUUCCAGAGAUGGUGGAGACAGCAAAGUAAAGCUAUGAAACUUAAAGUCAAAGAGCUUGUCAACUCGGGUCAACUCGAAUUCAUAAAUGGUGCUAUGAGCAUGCAUGAUGAGGCCACCCCUCAUUACAUUGACCUGAUUGAUCAGACCACUCUGGGGCAUCAGUUCAUCAAAGAUGAGUUUGGUAAGAUUCCAAGAGUUGGCUGGCAGAUUGAUCCGUUUGGCCAUUCUGCAGUUCAGGCAUACUUGCUUGGAGCUGAGCUAGGAUUCGAUUCCCUCUUUUUUGCUAGAAUCGAUUACCAAGAUAGAGCCAAGCGAUUAAAGGAGAAAACUCUAGAGAUUGUUUGGCAGGGUUCCAAGUCUCUUGGUUCAUCUUCACAAAUAUUUACUGGGAUAUUUCCCAGGCAUUAUGAUCCUCCUGAUGGUUUCACGUUCGAGGUACAUGAUGUUUCCUCUCCUAUUCAGGAUGACAUUCUACUGUUUGACUAUAAUGUUGAAGAAAGAGUCAAUGACUUUGUAUCUGCUGCCUUAGCUCAGGAGCCUUUUGACUCCAUGGCUUUGUUUGGGAAAUGGGCUUUGGAGGGUAUGGGGGAGGCUAUUGAAAAGGUAGACCUUUGUUUGGGAGUUUUUAAAAUUAAGCAGAAUGGUUUUGGAUUUUCACCCAAUGCCCCUCCCAAACAGACCCUGAAGAAUGAUUAA